CCUGUGUUUUAUUAGUGUACAGCCGGGAAUGCUACCGCUUUGAGGCUCCCGAUUGAACGUCGCUUCAACGAUAAUUGCGUAUCGCGAAACAGAACAAAACAAAACAAAAAUGGCCACCGAACAUGAAGAGAACCCGUUCGUGGAGGCGCUCAACUCGGCCGCCCUGGGCGAACUGCUGCAGGACGCUGAGAAGCGCUCGCUGGCGCAACAGUUCCAGGACAAUCUCCGCACCCUGUCCGACAUGUUCGUCAACCUGUCGGACGAGGAGAAGCGCCAGUUUGCGAGAGAUUUCAAGGGCAAGUUUGUGAAAUCGUUAGCUCAGCUGAAUGAAUUUUCCAAGCAGAAGAAAAUCGUUCAAUCAAGUGCACCGGGCAUGGAAGAGGAACCGGAAGGGUCAAGAUUGAUGGAUACGCUCGCCAAACGUAUGCCCGGCGUGGGUAUGCUUUGGACGGAACAGUUCCAACCGACACCGAUCGGGUACGGGCUGUUGGCUGGUGUGGUGGUAACGAUCGUCGCAUUCUUCGGCUACAAGCUGUACCUGUCGCUCACGGAGAAGGAACGCAAGCGCGAAGAGAAGCUAAAGGCGAAGCAGGAAAAGAGCAAAAAGAAGAAAUGAUUCCCUGCCGGAAGGGGCAGUGGCACCACCGCUGGCGGCGGCACCGGUGAUCACUCAUCGCAUCGAACUCACCAGAGACAGCGACAGCAGCCGUCGUUGUCGUCGCCACCAGCACAGCACAAACAUUCCAGAGGAAAAAGACUUGGCAAGGCCUAGCGAAUCCAUACCACGUAAUAAUUACACGGCAACACAUAUAGGAUGGAAGAGAGCGAUAGAGAGAGAGAGAGAGAUGAGGUAUAUUUAUGGGAUAUAUCAGAAACCCGUUAAUCAUCGAUUUUUGCAGAGCAGAUAAGUGUAUAUUUACCCUCCCCAACAAUUGAAUAGCUAUUAAAGAGACUCUCGACUGUAACUAUUUUCCGUGCAUUGCUGUAGCAUCAGUAACUUGUUCCGUUUCCAUUUUCCCCCCGCGAUGCAACAGUAUAAGGGUAGCAGCUAUAUAGUGUGUUCACAGUUUUCCGACUAUACAAACCGGUAGAGGAACGUAUUACCUUCUUCAGCUUCAUUUACAGAGGACGUAGCACAGAUUACAAGACUUUUCUUAUCUAGAGCGACUAUACGCGUGUGUAUGUCUUUUUUUACGAUCAGUAGAAAACAAUAGACGAGGAUAAUCCAGUUUUGUUGGCAAUAGCUAUUACGCAAGAGACAGAAAGGCGAUAUUUCAAUUAGCAGGAAGGUGAAACAGACGAUAACAGCCACAUCCAGACACUCACUCACUCACACACACACACACCGUACACGCAAAGAUGUUUAUUUUCUCGUUUAUGUGCAAGAUAAUAUAUUUUAUAGAAGAAGAUGAUGAUGGACUAAGGCGAACAGAGGGAGAGACAACUACGUUUAUAUUGAAAAGAAUAUAAAUAAUGUUUCAAAUCAA